CUUCUCCACAGUGGUUGUGCAGGCAGAGAACAAUGGGUAGAGCAGGGAAGGAGCAUCCAGCUGCCUGCUUGGCUGCAGCCGUUUUGCUGAUGUGUUCUUUAGCGCCUCCUGCGGACUGCCUCGGCCUGAGGAAGUCGCUCAGACAAGUGGCGACGAGAGAAGCUGGGGUCCGAGAAGGAAAGAUUGUGUUUGGGGACGUUUUUAAGGUCUUAGCUGGAACCAGAAAAACCUCUUCAAAUGCUUCAGUGGACGACGAGGCCGAUUAUCAGGCGGACUUCGCAGGCUGGUCCAAGCACACGGACAUGGAUGAACCUUCCCAGGAGAAAUGGAACAGCUUGGCUACCUCUCUCCAUUGUUUUGGCGACCACAUGAAGUUCAGAUCGCUUGGCCCAGAGGCUUCACACCUUUCAGUGAUGCAAGCAAAAGAGCACCCGGUGCCUCUGUCCAUGCUCCCUCCAAGAUGUGGCUACAGAAUUCAUGUGAACACCAUGCUGUUGAUCAUGAUUGUCCCAUACCAUGGCUGCCACAUGCUUCAGCAGGGUGGAAACUACGUGCUGCCUCUACUCUGGCAAGACCAUCCACUGUCCCUGACAUGUCCUAAAUGGCCCCAGGUUCCGCAGGCGCCCCAGGUUCCGCAGGCGCCCCAGGUUCCGCAGGCGCCCCAGGUUCCGCAGGCGCCCCAGGUUCCGCAGGCGCCCUACUUUGACUUUUAUUCUCAUCUUUUCCCUUCCUUGGCUGAACCUGCACCACAAUAUAAAUUCCCCUUAUACCCAUACCCACCUCAAUCAACUGCCCCACCUCCAACUAAAGUACCAAUUCCCCUUCCUCCAUAUUUGCCCUCGCAAAACUGGCAUCAGUUUCCAGAACUCCCACCCUUCUUGCCUUACCCAACUGAAAAAUAUCCAGUGGCUCCAACUUCAAGACCAAAGAUGACCACUAGUCCCUACACCCCCACAGCAUCUCCUGCUACACAGGAAAGCCAAGACUUUUUUAACUACGAACUUUCUUAUGAAUCUCCAGCAGCGUCUCCUACUGCAGAGCCAAAAGUCCCUUAUCCCCAGAUUCCUUUUGACCCAUAUUUCCCUUGGCAACAGUGGCCUCAAUUUCCAGUAUUUCCUCCCACCUGUCACUACCCUCCUGAAAAAUGUCCCAAGGUAGCCAUGACUCCUCGGUCUCCUGCACAGUGGUACCCUAUGGACUACCCACCACUAAUUCCAAAUCAGGAAAGCUUUGAACAAAUGUUUUAUCCUCAACAUGGCUAAAAUAAACAUUAAAACUGCAAACUAAUGUGUUCUGUCUUGUUGACGUGUAUUCUGAGUGCUCUUCAAUGACGUCAAUCAUGGGUGUGACUAUAAAUUGUGGACCA